AUGGAUUUUUCGUGGGUUUUCCUCUUCCUUGUUUCUGUACACAUUUAUGGUCACGUUGGUUGUGUGGAGACCAGAGGAGGCACAGAAGGAAGAUACACGGGACCAGAAGCCAUUAAAUUAGACGUUGCAAAGAAGCCCAGUGUUAGAUAUUUUGAUUCUAAAGAUGUGACUGUUGGUGGACUGAACUUUAAAGAGUAUGAGCCAAAACCCGGCGUCAAUGUGACUGCAGUUCUUCAUUCUUCCUCCACCCUGCUGAACAUAGAAGCUCCCCGCAGGCUUAAGAAUGUCCAAAUUUCUGACCAAGAGGGUGUAAACCUGCUGGUGAUAACGACAACUGGCUAUGGAUCCGACGAGAAACUCUUCUUUGAGUUCCAGGGUUCGGACUAUGUAAGCAUUUCAAAGGGAUCAUUUGAGAGCAGAAUAGAGAAGUUGAAACUACCAGGUGCUCAAACUACCGAGGAAUCCCAGAGCAUUACUGCAUUUGACCUUGAAAAUACAAGCAUGAACAGUUUACGUAUCAUCAAAGACAACUUCAGCGGUAUAGAGACCGUAUCGUACAGCCUUAAAACUCCAGUUGGGAUCGUUCGCUCUGGCAAAGACAUCAUUUGGUUUGGAACUGACGGCACAUGUUCACUCGUGGAGACAUUUUCAGACGGCAAGGACCUCCUGCUAAAGAUACUCGUCAAGACUGUGCUCCUCGCUGGCCAGACCCCUGAUCAAACCUACGCAAUGUACUUUAUGAAGGUGGGCAACGAAUGGAAAAGACUCUACCAACAGGAGUUUGAUGAUAGAUUGGAGAAGAUGAAGGCAAAGGAUAUGAAACCUUCAAAUUUACGCAAAUAA